AUGUCUGCACGUGGCUCUUUGUUCUUCCUUGCUGCGAACGCCAUUGGCACUCUCGGUAGCCCUGUCGCCGUACGCGAUGUCGCACCUGCUGCCGCUACCGUUUCCACGGAUUCGUCUGGUGGAGUUCCGCUUUUCCCAAAAGAGGCAGUGCAACUCACUGACGCGGCCCUGAAGAUGGCUGAUAGCCAGACCACUGGGGUCGACGUGGCUGCUAUCUUUGGCUUUGACGGUGGUGAGGACGCCACAACUGUAGCAAAGCGUGCAAUCAAGAGCGGCCAAUGCAAAGCUUUUCCGGGCGACUCGAAGUAUCCAAAGGAGUGGAUGUGGUCCAUCUUCGACCUUUGCCAUACAUUACUGGAUACUGUUCUGACCUUUGUGAAAAGCACGAGUGACCCAACUUCGAUGAUGUGGCCGCUCUUCCAAGGCCGUACAUGCAUGCCUACCGACGACCCCAGUGGCACAUGUACGCUAGGCGCCUAUGCAUCCUACUCGAUCGACGUCAAGAACGUCGCCCAAGUGCAGCUUGGUGUGAACUUUGCGCGCAACAUGAACCUGAGGUUGACCGUUAAGAACACUGGACACGAUUACAUUGGGAAGUCGUCUGGCGCAGGUGCCCUUAAUCUUUGGACGCACAAUCUCAAGGAGAUCCAGUUCAUCAAGCAGUACAAGUCGGCUGAAUACAAUGGCCCAGCUUUCAAAGCUGGCGCUGGUGUCCAAGGGUUUGAGAUCUUGGAAGCUGCUCGCGAACACGAUGUGACAGUCAUGACUGGUAUCUGUGAAACUGUUGGAUGGAGUGGUGGUUAUGUCACCGGAGGUGGUCACUCACCUCUCGCAUCCAUCUACGGCAUGGCCGCUGACCAAGUUCUCGCCUUCGAGGUCGUCACCGCAGAUGGACGCUUCGUGACCGCGUCUGACUCCAAAAACUCGGACCUCUUCUGGGCUCUUCGCGGAGGAGGUGGUGGAACCUUCGGCGUUGUGACUUCGGUUAUUGCUAAAGCUCAUCAGAGAAUCCACGUUACUAAGUCUGUCUUUUCUUUCCAGGCCCCAGUCAACGACUCUGCCAACUUCUGGAAGGGCAUCAACGCUUACAUGAAGCGCUUCCCUGAGUUCACCAACGCUGGCACCUAUUCGUACUUCUGGAUCUGGAACUACGGUACGACACUCGACUUCCAGAUGACUCCCUUCUUUGCGCCAAACCACACUAUUGAGUCCUUCAAUGCGCUUACGAAGGACUUCUUCGCCGACCUCAAGUCUGUCAACAUCUCGGUAACUCCCAACACGACCUACCACGACGACUUUUACUCUGCCAACAAAGGCUCAUGGGGUGCGGAUACGCUCGGUGUGACCACCAUUCGUCAAGCUACCCGUCUCUUCCCCAAGAGCCUUUGGGCAACCGAAGAGAAGUUCAACUCUUUCUACACCACUAUCAAGGACACAGUGAUGAACGGUCAUACGGUCGGUGGUUACCACAUGGCUCCGGGUAACCCUUUUAAGGUUGACAAUGCUGUCAAUGAAGCAUGGCGUAACACCCAGUCUUUCUUGAUCACCGCGAACAUGGUUCCUGAGAACGCGACGCCCGCUCAAUUGAAGGAAGCAUCCGACUACCUUACGUACAACAUCAUGGACUCGUGGCGCGCAGUCGCUCCAGCGUCCGAGGGUGGCGGUGUCUAUCUCAACGAGGCAGAUAUCCAAGAGCCAAACUGGCAAACCGACUUCUAUGGUGCAAAGCAUUACCCGAAGCUGCUCGCUAUCAAAAAGAAGUGGGAUCCGAAGGGCGUCUUCUACGCCACCACUGCUGUCGGCAGUGAGGACUGGGAAGUUAGGGAUGGCGAGCAAGGUACUCAAACUCAAAACGGUCGCUUGUGCCGUGUAUAA